AGAGAGAGAGAAAGAGAACAGAACAGAAAUUUGUAGAAAAAAAAAGAAAGAGAGAGGAAGAGAUUAGAAGUGGAUUCAAGCUGGGCAAUGCGCGAUAAGCAGUGCAAAUUUGUUGUCGUAGCGAACGUCGUUUAAAGCUAAAUGAAAAAUUUACGUGCUAAAAUAUUAGCAAAGUGCGCAACGCGUUUUCCUUGGUAUCUCAUAGUAAGGUGCAAACAUCUCUAAGGUUCUGACAAGUACCGUGUGUGAUACGAUGGUGCCAGGAAACUUUGUUUACACAGUCACGAGUUAAAUACAAGUAUAAAGGGACAAGCGAGCCUGAGUUGCAGGCCAUUUCGUUAAAAUCACGAUGGGUAAUAGUCGAGUACUCGUACUUGUUUUUUUAAUCUUCGUUAUAUUUUCGAGUAUCAUUUGGAAUGAGUCAUAUUCGGUAAAUGCCGAUUCUGACAUUACCACUACCGAAGAAAAUACAUCGGAAGAACAAAAAUUAAUUCUCGAUUGUCAACAUCCUAAUUACAGGACAUAUAUCAAGUGUCUCAAGUAUCCGAGUUAUAAAGGGAACAAAGUGAAGAGGCAUCAUCAUGAAAUGUCACCGGAAUUCGAUCACCAUUGCAUGGAGACGUGUGUUAAAACCUGCGAAACUAUUUCAAGUCACGAUUGCAAUCAAAAGUGUUCUCAUUGCAUAAGAAAAGCAAAACAUAAACAUCAGAUCAUUACGGAGUACGAGACCGAGUGUAUAGAUGGAGAUUGUAAAGGUAGUGAUAAGCCUGUCGUAGGAAUGGCAAAUAUUACGACGAAUAUUGAGCUUAACAAUAACAUCAACACUGGUACAGAUCGUCCAAAGGAUGGUGAGAUAACACCAAGUUCAAAGAACUGUAAUUGCAGUUGUUGUCCUAAUUGUAGAGGAUGUUCAUCAAAUUGUUGUCCUUAUGAUGGAGGUUAUGGUGGAGGUUUUGGUGGAGGUUUUGGUGGAGGUUUCCAAUUAAGUAUGGUACCACAAUUAAGUCUGGGAUUAGGUUUGAGUCCCUCUUUUGGUUGUAUCCCUCCUUAUCAUUGGUUUUGUUAUCCACAUUCCUAUGAAAAAGAUUGCUCCGUAUGCUAUAACCCAGUGUUACGAUACAAAUGUGACAUAUCUUGUCAGAUACAACUUGGAAAUAGUAUUUCAUAUACUCAAAGGAUGAAAAGAGACGAUCAACCUUGUCAGAGUCCCCAUUGUGUUGGAGGAACUUAAUUUGUUUCGAUGAUUAAUUCUAUCAUUUUAAACAAUCACAUAGUCGCAAAAUGAAUCACUAUACUGUCAUUACUAUUUUGAUAGAAAUAAAAGGAAAUCUAUUCAAAGUUGUGGGAAAAAAAAAGAUAUACGUCGGAAACUAUAGUUUCUACAUAUUAC